UUACUUAUUAGAAGGGAAGUUCAUUUUGUAUAAAUACGGAUAAUCAAUAGUGAUUUUCUAUCAAUUUCUAUUCACAGAACCAAGCGAACACAGCAACAAGUCAAAAAUCAAAAAUGGCAGUUAAGAUGAUUAUUUUCGCAGCCUGCGUGGCCACCGCACUCGCUGAAUACGCCGCCCCGGCUUACCCGGUACACCACGCUUACGCUCCAGAACACUCGUACGCUCCGACCCCGUACAACUUCGAGUACAGCGUAAACGACCCACACUCCUACGACGUCAAGAGCCAAUCAGAACAUAGCGACGGACACGGAAACGUCAAAGGAUCGUACAGUCUUUUGGAAGCCGAUGGUUCUACCCGCAUCGUUGAAUACACCGCCGACCACAGCGGUUUCAACGCCGAAGUUAAGAAAAUCGAAGGAUAUAGCCACGGUUACAGCACACCCAUACCAGCUUACAAAUCUGCCCCGGCCUACAAACCCGCAUAUGCUGCGCACUCUUAUGCUGCCCCAGCUCACUCUUACGCCGCACCAGCUUACUCUUACGCUGCCCCAGCUCACUCUUACGCCGCACCAGCUUACUCUUACGCUGCCCCAGCUCACUCUUACGCCGCCCCAGCUCACUCAUAUGUCACCCCUGCCGCAUACGCUUACGCCGCACCAGCUCACUCAUACGCUGCCCCAGCUCACUCUUACGCUGCACCAGCUCAUUCUUACUCCACCCCAGCUUACAAACCAGUUGCAUACAAGCAACACAAUACAAAAAAAAAUAAAAACAAAACAACAAAAAUGGCCGUUAAGAUGAUCAUUUUCGCAGCUUGCGUAGCCACCGCACUCGCUGAAUACGCCACCCCGGCUUACCCAGCACACCACGCUUACGCCCCAGAACACUCGUACGCUCCGACCCCGUACAACUUCGAGUACAGCGUAAACGACCCACACUCCUACGACGUCAAGAGCCAAUCAGAACAUAGCGACGGACACGGAAACGUCAAAGGAUCGUACAGUCUUUUGGAAGCCGAUGGUUCUACCCGCGUCGUUGAGUACACCGCUGACCACAGUGGUUUCAACGCUGAAGUUAAGAAAAUCGAAGGACAUAGCCACGGUUACAGCGCACCCACACCAGCUUACAAAUCUGCCCCGGCCUACAAACCCGCAUAUGCUGCGCACUCUUACGCUGCUCCAGCUCACUCUUAUGCCGUACCAGCUCACUCUUAUGCCGUACCAGCUCACUCUUAUGCUGCACCAGCUCACUCUUAUGCUGCACCAGCUCACUCUUAUAUUGCCCCGGCCUACAAACCCUCAUACGCUGCACACUCUUACGCCGCCCCAGCUUACUCUUACGCUGCCCCAGCUCACUCAUAUGCCACGCCAGCUUACUCUUAUGGUUCCCCAGCUCACUCUUACGCUGCACCAGCUCACUCUUACACCGCGCCAGCUCACUCUUACGCCGCACCAGCUCACUCCUACGCCGCUCCAGCUCACUCUUACGCCGUCUCUGCUUACAAGCCGGCUGCAUACAAGGCUUACUAA